AUGAAAUCGCAGCCGGAGACCAACUCGCUGAACGGUGUGGACAGUCGGGACCUGGUCUGCAGAGAUCUGGGUCUGUCGGAGGUGAACAAGAACUCUCCUCUGCUGCUGGAGCUGGUCAGGAGAGGACGACACAAAGUCCCCGAGGAUGUCGGUCGCCCCCCCGAGGAGAAGAUCAGCCCUCCACCGGUCAGUAAGAUCCCCAGAUAUAAAGGAACCCAGAGUCACACAGCAGCCAAGGAUCCGGGGGGCGACUCGUCUCUGGGGAAAGCAGACUUCCAGCCGACGGGCUUCAGAAUCAGCGAGACGUCUGACAGGAAGAGGGACCAGGACCUAGACCAGGACCAGGACCAGGACCAAGACCAGGACCAGGACCAGGACCAGGACCUGGACCAGGACCUGGACCUGGACCUGGAGGUGGAGGACGAUCCCGACGAAGGAGACUCCUUCUUCGAUGACCCGCUGCCCAAACCACAGAAAACCUACGGCUGUGUUGACCCCCUGAGGGAGGAGUGUCUCUCUGGGCCCGUCCUGUCCCACCUGAGGCGAGGCAAAAGCCUCAGCGAUCUGUCUGUCCAGGCUGCUGACUCAGGAGACGAGUCAGAUGAUGGUCUCUCUGAACACAGUCACACCUCUGAGCUCAGGAAGGGGGAGGGGUCCGGGGCCAGAGUGAGUCCAGCGGGGUCCCUGUCAGAGGCCCCGAGACCCAGAGGGGGCGGCAGCACCUCAGAGAAGAGCCACAGCAGGAACACUCACAGUUUAAAGGGUAACACAACACACACACACACACACACACACAGAGUGUAUCUUGGGGAGGCUGGUGAUGGUAAACUCUGUUCCUCAGAUGACGACGUUGAAUACGACGAUGACUUCAACAGCCAUCGGUCAGAUCUGUCCCGGAGCGAGAUCAGCAUCGGGGAGGAGAUAGAGGAAGUUUCCAUCGAGGGACCAGACAACAGCGACAAGUUUGAUGACAUCACUCAGGACCUGAGCGUCUCUCAGUUGAGCCAGAGUCACGGAGCCGACUACAUGGAGGAGGUGCCCUGACCCCGCGUCCCAGCAUGCACCUCUUCGUAUCGCCCCAAUAUUUAAGUCUGUACAGUUUCAAUGAGAGAAAUAAACUUUGUUUGUAUUGAGAUUUUUUA